GGGGGAAGGUGCAGCAGGGCAGGCAAGGCCAGCAGGGCUAGAUGACACCCCACCUCAACGCUCUUCCCACCCCUUGUCGGAUAGGGACGGGGGUGUCGGUAACGAUUAAUUGAAUACCCGCGUUGCACACGACCCUUGCUCUAAAUGCUGGACGGCAGACAAGAUGUGGGUCGUUGUUGCCCUUCCACACCCUUCUCGAUCGUGGCUCUUGCCUACGCCCUCUUUCUCACACCUCAUGCUCUCUCUCUUCCUCUUCUUGGUGAGUGAUCGAUCAUGUGUGAGUAAGACCAUGCCGAACAGCUGCCUGGCCGAGACAAGAAGUAUCAAGUGCAUAAUGUGCUUAUAUCCACUCCAUGGCGGACGCAGUCAGAUGAAUGGGAUAUGGAGCCAUCUGAGCGCGAGAAUCCCACUAAGUAUAGUACUGUAAAGGGAACCUAACCUCAUGCCUUCAAGGGCCAACGAAUGGUAUUGAUUGCCCUGGUCAACCAUUUGUUUCUUGAACCCUUUACGUGCACACACACACACACACACACACACACACACACACACACACACACACACACACA